AUGACUUAUCUCAAGGAUGCCUACUCCAAGUUCCGGGCUAACCCCCGCAAUGCCCCAGUGGCCGCCAAUGUGUCGCUGAUCUAUGUUCCCUCCACCACGCGCAUCGAUGGCGCGGACGCCGUUGCGUCGCAUUCGUCGCGCCAAUCCGCCCAUCUCAAGAAGAAGUCCGAGAAGAUCAUUAGCGAAAUCGAGAGCUCCGACUCUCUGUGUCUAGAUAUUGAGACCACCAUCGAGUUUCUCGAGGGCGGCGGGGCCUAUCUCCCCUCGUUCGACGAUAACUUCCUGGCUGAUCGCGUCGUGACUUUCCCCACGCUCCACAUCGUUCACUUCAAUGCCGAACAUCAGAUCCAGCAAGUGCGCAUCUACUGGGAUCAGGGUUCCCUGCUUAAGGAGCUCGAAGUGAUUGGUGCUCGUGGCCGCAAUUGGCCCAUUCGUCAAGCCCAGGAGCAGACUCGUCUGCUCAAGGCUGCUGCCAUUGCAAAGGACGCUGCACCCUCAUUGGAACCCUCCCAGGGUGACCUGGACCCUUACGCGGCCGCUUCCUUGACCGACCUUCUCUCGCCUACCAAGGACGCUCCUGAGGAGCAAGAACGCGAGACACGCAGACCUUCUUCUCCCAGCAAGCGACACACUCGUGAUCCCUACGGUCAGGGCUCCCUAACUGAGAUCCUGUCUCCCACCAAGCCAGAAACCAACACCGUCAUGCGCCCAUACGGGGGAUCCAACCAACCUGCGCGACGUGAUCUGGGUGAUAUCUUCGUGGCCGAUGACGGCGAGUCUCCCACUACACCAUCCAAGGCCGAGAAGGUGAUCUCUCCCAAGGGCGGAGCCAGACAUCAGGGCGGCAACCGACUCUUCGGAGGCGCCGAGGAGCACGACGAACACCGAUCUUUCUACAAGUCGGAUCCUCGUAAGUACGAACACUUCGAGAUCGGAGCCAACGAAGGACGCCCCGAAGACCGAUCUUUCUACAAGUCCGACCCCCGCAAAUACGACCACUUCCAGCUCGGAGCCGACGAAACCCCCGAGACGAAGAAGGACUCAAAGCCAGCCAAGGCCCGCAACCAAUCCCAAUGGGACUUUGGCGACUUCUCUACUCCAGCCAAGAGCACCGAACCAGCCGCCAAGGCCCGAGGCUUCGGCUACACCGACGAGGAAGUUGAUCCCAACUCCCCUCCACGCCGUGAAGCCGUCGUCAAAGCCCGCCCCGACCAAAGCGCCCACUUCGAGAUCACCGACGACGUGAACGAAGAAGACGGCCGCAUCAUCAGCUCCUUCGGCGGACGCGGUCAAAGCCUGUACGAAAACCGCCUCUACGACGAAGAUGAGGCUGCUUCCAAAAAGCAUGAAGGUGAACACGAAGAAGCUCUCGGCGUGACAAGCAACAAGGCAAACCUAAACAAGACCUUCGGCUCGCAGUGGGAAAUGCACGAUGACUCCCCCGGUCAUAAACCCACCCGCUCGGAUAACGAGAACCCCAAACCCUUGGCCGCGGAUCGCAGCAAGGCUGUUAAGGCUCUAGAGGCGCACUGGGAUUACUCCGAUUCGCCCCAACCCUCGCGAACCGCUACGUCGCUAUACAACCCUAAGACUCACAACCAGCCGAGCUGGAAUAUGCAGGAUGAAGCUUCUCCCGUUAAACCGGCUACCUCGCUCCGUAACCCUCGCACCCAUAACCAGCCUAGCUGGAGCAUGGGAGGUGAGGAGUAA